CUCAGGGACUGAACCCCACAAUUCAUUUAGCUAAGCAAGUUACAAUCUUGAUGAACUAGUUACAAAAUUCAAUAUAAGUCGUCACAUCAACAAAGACAAUGAAAAUGGUGCUAUUCUAACAACAGAAAACGGAAUGUUUGUCAUGGUUCAGGCCGGAGCGUCGACAGGUUCAGUUGCCUGUGUGGCCGUGGAGUGGAGACUGUCUCGCGCUCACCUGAAGGAAGACUGUGACUAUAAUUAUAUUACAUUGUCCUCCAACUGGAACGCAAAUCACUCUUAUAAAAUGGCACGAGGAUUGUAUGGCAGCAAUGGGAACAACUUGGAGUAUAGCAUCAGUAACACCAACAUCCAGCAACAGGGUUACAGCACCAGCAAUGAUACACAUCAAGGUUAUAGAGAUGAAAAUAACAGAGACUUUCUGGCAUCUUCAGACAACAAUUCCUUUCUGCAACAGUAUGGACCUAAUCCUGGUUACCACAACAGCUACGAUACCAGCUCAGACCACAUUGGCGAGUCCUACGCGCCUAUGUCGUCAAGAACAGCGGGUGUUGAUGCAUCUUACUCCUCUCCGGCCCUCUCCGCUCUUGCACUACUUGGCUUCCUCUAUUUCCUCAAACUCAUCCAGGAUGUGCUGCAGAACAAUGGCCGCCGACGAAGGUCACUUUGGCCUGAACAAAUACACUUGGAGGAAGAGGAUGAAGAAUACUAUUUGACUUCAUACCUUGAGAAAGAUCAGUUAUCUAAAGAGCCUUCCCAGGAUCAUCAUGAGCCCUCAACACUUGUUCAUCAAAAUGAUGCAGAAGAAACAACAGGACAGCAGAACAGGCUUCUAAAAGUUUACCAGACUGCUCCUCGAGGUUUUUCCUUCUUGGAGAACUUCUUCAUAAAACUUCCUAAAGUGCUUGGAUUAAGAUCUUGGCAACGUGUGGAUAGAGAUGGCAGAGAUGAGGAACCUAUAAAGAUGGGCGGUUACAUCACCUCCAGAUUGAAGUUGAUAUCCUCCAUCAUGAACUUUCUACGGAACCCAAGCCCAUCAAGAGUUCGCCGAACAGUUCUGGCAGAAAACCAAGCAGAAUUUGUCUUGCCUGGUAAAGUGCUAAAUACAGCAGGUGGGGAUAUGGCAACAAACAAACGCCUAAAACGGUACACACACACCAUGAAUGCAUGGUACAGAGAUCUGGAAGGUCACAAUAGUGAGGUAUCAGCAGGUACAGGAAGCAUGGUUGAAAAGAUAAUGCUAUUUUUUAGCAGAAGAGACAACUUACAGGAAGCAGUGAGGCAAGAUGAUCUACCAACUUUGCUGGAGUUGACUCGUAGCUUGGAUGGGACCCACCCUCACUGCUUGCAACGUGUCUUGUGUCACAUUAACUCUCACUCUAAGGAACUCUCAUUUUUAUCACGUGUUACUUUGCAGCUCAUCAGUGCCAACCUGGUAGAGAUCUCCACUUCGACAUCCAUGACUGAUGAUAAUUAUCAUGCCAUUGAGGCUGGCCAGCAAGGUGAGGACUGUGAUCGGAUCUUCACUGGCUGUAACAGCUUGACCAGUACAGAGAAAAAGUAAUUUUUUGUUCUGCUGUUGAAGAAGACAUUAUUUACCUGAGGGCUGCUAUCAUUCUAGUGGGCUCAAUAAGGACAAGAAGUUGGCAGCUUAUUAAAGGUCCUCCAAUGGUCCUGAUGCUUUUAUUGAGCUGGAUUUUGAAAUUCAGCAGUGCUUUGGCAUUUAUCUCUUCAGCAGUAAUGCUGUUCCACGAGUGAAAAAGUAUCUCCUGUUUUCUGUCCUACACUGUGGCUUGUUGAGAUUGAAACCAUUACUCCUUGUUUGUGUUACAUCUAACGUUUUAAAGGAGUUGUCUGGAUCAGUAUCCUCCAGAUUGUUCAAUACAGGGGAACCUUACUCCACCACCUUCUCACCUAACUUGUUCCAACCGUCUACCACUCUGUUUAUAAAAGUGAAUUUUCUUAUUUUUCUCCGGCAGCUUUGUUUCGUUAGUUUAAAUCUAUGACCUCUUGUUCUUGA